AUAAUGCUAAUCAGUAAGUUUUUGAAAGUAUAAAACUGGGCCACAGUCCGCAGCGGACUCAGAUGCCGUAAUUAUGAAGUUCAUACUGGCACUCUCUUUCUUGUUCCUGCACCAUGUUACAUCGACCUCGUGCAGGACUAUAUCACAGUCGAAAGAAUCUACACACAAUGAAGUACCCGCUACACUCGAAGAAAAAAGCGUUAUAGAUUUAAUAUUAUCGCUACUUCGUACAUCUCAAGAUGCAAUCGAUCGUUCCGAACAUUUAAAAGAAAUAAAUGAGGAAUUGAGAAAAGUCGAAAACAAUGAUCGUUUAGUGGAGAUAUUACCAAUGAAAUCAAAUUUAAAAAGUAAAGGAGGUAAAGCACCUUUAGCUUUAAUAUUAACAUCUAAAAAACAUGAUCGGAAUCAAAAUGAUAAAAAACACGAUUAUGUUAAAUAUCACUACAAACAAUCUCAUGACAAUAAUAGCAAUGAAGAAGAGCGUAUGAGUGAAGACAAUAAUGCUAUUGAAAAAAUCACUGACAACCAUGAUGAAAAUCAUUAUAUAAAUCAAGAUGAUAGUGAAAUUAAAAAUAAUUAUGAGUUAGAAAAAGAUGUUGCAUCUGAUAGUGACAUUGUAGACUACAAACCUGAAAUUACUAAAGAUUUUGAUGAUACCAAUACAGUAAAAGAUGAAUUCGACAGUAAAGAUAUGAGUUAUAAUACACAUGAUAAACUAAACACUUAUAAUAAUGAUCUUAAAUCAUUAAAUAAAGAUGACCUGCAAGAACCACAACUUGAAGAUGUUAAUGAUUUAGAAAGAUCUGGUAAUUCGUACGAGAAUUACGAUAAAUCGCAGCAACUUCAAGAAAAUGAAAACAAACUAAGCAAAAGCAAUGGAAACGUUGGCUGGCAAAUGGUCAGCAAGGAAUCUUUUACGAUGAUACCCGCUAAAGAAAGUGUUGAAUUAAAUAAUAAGAAUUCUAACGAGGAAGUAAAUAAUGAUGACGAUUUAAAAGAAAUGAGUUUAAAAGUUUUUAGUAAAUCUGGUGAUGCAUCAUAUUCCGAUACAAAUGAUGUGGAUGAUUCAUCUAAUGACUUUAAACUAAGCAGUAGAAUUGAAGAAAGAGAUGAAAUAAUUGAAAAUCAAUUUAUAAAAAAUAAUAAAGAUGUAGUUGGUGUCGUUGAAGCGACUGAAACGGGUCACAAUGAUUCAAAACAAGUCUGUGACAAUGACAAAACUAAAGAAAUUCAUCAUCAAACGCAUAAAUCUUAUAAUUUCUCAUUCCUGUUCAGCAAAUAAAACGGCAUCAAAUAAUGA